AUGGUUCCGAAGGUCCUGAAUCAUUCAAGCGAGCUUCAAAUAUCCCGCUCAUGUAUUAUUCUCGGAGGUAGCAGCGCCGGUGCCAAUUUGGCCGCCGUUGUCACUAGAAAGGCCAUUGCCGGCGGUAUUCCGAUCUCUGGCACCCUACUCCAAAUACCAGUUGUUUGUCAUCGCAACUGUUACCCAUCGGAGGAAUACGAACUGGAGAGCAUGCGCCAAAACGAAGAUGCGCCGCUGCUAUCAAGAGCAGCGCUAGAUCAGUUCUGGGCGUAUUAUAAUCCCCCCAACAUCACUGAUCUUCAGGUAUCACCGCUACUGGCCAAAGACUUCACUGGGUUUCCACGGACUUUUAUCCAGAUCUGCGGCUUGGAUCCGCUGCGAGAUGAAGGGCUGGCGUAUGCGAGGAAGCUUUGGAAUUUCGAUGUGCCUUGCUCAGUCGUGGUGUAUCCAGGGCUGCCCCAUGGCUUCAAUGCUUUUACCGAGUUGUCUGCUGCGAGAGUAUACCACGAAGAUAUGUUGAAAGGGCUGGAUGGCUUGAUUAGUGGAGAGAUUGCAGGUGGGAUUAGAAAUUAUCAUGGCAAAUGA